AUGGAAAACCCCUCGGCAGACGUCGAGAUGGACCAAUUCGAAACGGUUUCUGAACUUCCAGCUGACGAAAACGGAGCUGGGAAGGAAAACGUCGAAAAAAUGGAGACGGACGAAAACAAAGCGCCAAAAGAAGGAGAGGUCAAAAAGAGGGCACAAGCACCACCAAUCGUCGUCAAAAAAGAACUUCCGGUUGAAGAUGCUGACUGGGAAAUUGGGUUCGAAGACGAAGCUGAAGUCGACCAAGCUCAAGCGAAAGUGGUCAUCCCUAACUUCAAAGAAAACCUGAUCGCCAACAUGACCAAGGUGAAGGCGGACAAGGACACUUGCGACGUCAUCCUCCGCGUCAAAAAAGGCAACUUCUACUGGGCUUCCUUCUGGGCUCAUCGCUCCGUCCUCAUCGCCAAUUCUCCCGUUUUCGCCGAAGCGCUCGAGAAAUUCACCACAUAUGGCCUGCCGGGCGUUGAAACGGUCUGUCGACCAAACUUAGUCCUCCCUCGGAAAAUUCACGGCGCCGCUUUGGCUGCCCUUAUUGACUGGAUGUACACUGGAAAACUUUGCAUCCAAAAUCAGAAAGCGCUCGGACACCUUCCGCUCGUCGCGUAUUACCUGAAGGUGCAACCAUUGAUUGACGAGCUGGAUAAUAUUUUCGGAAAAUUUUCGAGUGCCGGUUGCAAACUCAUUGAUGAAGAGGUCGCCGAUGCCGAGGCUGUUGGAACGGAAAAUGACGACAAUGAAGAUGAAAAGAAAGAAGAGAAGAAACGCUCGCAAAAAGACAACAAGUCGUCGGAAGAAGCUAAAGCGACCGAAGAAGCUGCUGGCGAAGAAAUGAAGGAAGAAAACGCCGACGCUGAAGCUAAACCUGAAGAGGAAAAGAAAGAAGACGAGAACAAACCAAAAGAUUGGAUCGUCAACAAAUGGCUCAAGCGCAAAUGGGCGGCUGAACUUCCAGCAAUCAAACCCAUCCCGGGCUUCUACAUCAUGUUGCAAGCUGAUUCGCACCGCGUAAAAUCAUCCAAGGGAAAGAAAGGCGAAGAUCCCUUCGACCCUCCUCCAUCUGUGCUCGACACCAACUGGCUCGCAGCUUACAAUCAGUUCAAGGCCAAGGCGCUGUUAAAGAAGAACAACCACCAGAAUAACCGUGGUCGGGGCCGUGGCAAUCGAGGCAACCACCGAGGCUUCGGAAACAACCGCGGUGGAAACAACUGGCGCGGAAAUGGUGGACCGAGAGGUGGAUACCGAGGAGGAUGGAAUGGACCUCCACAAGGUUGGAACGGACCCCCUCAUGGUGGAUACAACCACGGAGGAUGGGGAGGACCACCAGCCUACCAUCAGCAAGGACCAGGAUACGGCGGACCAAGAGGUGGUUAUGGAGGUCCAAGAGGCGGCUACGGCGGACCUAGAGGUGGAUACCACAACGGCGGCGGCGGAUACAACAACCACGGCGGCGGAUAUCACAAUGGUGGAGGCUAUGGCCAAGGAUAUGGCGGUGGAAGGGGCCGUGCUGGAGUUCGUGGACGCGGCCGUCCAUAUUAA